AUGGCCGACAUCAAGAAGAAAGACCUUGAAGGGCUUGACACAGACGUUCAAGAUGCCCCUGUCAUGGCCCACGAUGAUGUCUUUGGAGAAAUUACAGAGGGUGGCCCCAACUAUCGUAACGUAGGAUGGGCGGGAACGGUGGUUUUGAUGAUGAAGAGUCAGAUUGGUCUGGGUGUACUAUCCAUUCCUAGCGCUUUCGACACGUUAGGGCUUGUUCCUGGCGUGAUAUGCCUGCUCGUAGUCGCUAUCAUCACAACCUGGUCCGACUAUAUGGUCGGGGUCUUCAAACUCAAGCAUCGAGAAGUCUACAGUAUCGACGAUGCUGGGGGUCUAAUGUUUGGUCCAAUUGGUCGUGAACUAUUUGGUUUCGUGUUCUGUCUAUAUUGGAUCUUUGUCGCUGGCUCUGGAAUGCUCGGCCUUUCAAUUGCCCUCAACUCCGUUUCGACACAUGCCACCUGUACGGCCGUCUUUGUCGCCAUCGCAGCCAUCGCAGGAAUUGGAUUCGCCAGUAUUCGCACACUCGGUCGUAUAAGUUGGCUCGCAUGGGUUGGUCUCGUCGCCAUUCUCACAGCAAUCAUGAUCGUCACCAUCGCCGUUGGUGUCCAGGACCGCCCAGCUUCCGCCCCCCAGGAAGGACACUGGCAAUCCGACUACAAAAUCAUCGCCAAUCCUUCAUUUGCCGAAGCGGUCUCCGCCAUUUCCUCUCUGAUCUUCGCUUAUGCCGGUACACCCGCAUUUUUCUCCGUCGUAUCUGAAAUGCGCGAGCCGCGCUUCUAUACUCGCUCCAUGAUUAUCUGCCAGAGCGCCGUGACAGCCGUGUACCUCACCAUCGGCAUCGUGGUAUACUACUACUGCGGCUCAUACGUUGCCUCGCCAGCCCUCGGCUCGGCAGGACCGACCAUGAAGAAAGUCAGCUACGGAUUUGCCAUUCCCGGUCUAUUAGUUUCGACGAUGCUGUUCAUCCAUCUGCCGGGAAAGUAUAUCUUUGUCCGCGCCCUCCGUGGCUCAAAACAUCUCACUUCCAACAGCAUCGUCCACUGGAGCGCGUGGCUCGGCUGCGUCACUGGCGUCGGACUGAUCUCGUAUAUCAUUGCCAGUGCCAUCCCUGUCUUUGACAGUCUUGUUUCACUGAUCGGUGCCUUGCUUGGUACAUUCAUGUGUUUCCAGCCUAUGGGAUGCAUGUGGCUGUAUGAUAACUGGGGCAAGGGCAAGACCGAGAAAUCGGCCAGGUGGACUGCGAUGGUCUGCUGGAGUGUGUUUGUUGUUAUCAUUGGUACAUUGAUGAUGGUUGCCGGCACCUACGGCUCUGUUGUUGGCAUUAUUGAUAGCUAUAAUGCUUCUGGGGGCUCGAGUGCUUGGUCUUGUGCCGAUAACUCGAAUUCUACUUAG